AUGUAUGACGAGAAUAGUAAUACAACGAUAUCAGCGUUAGGCACGAGUACAUCAUCGUCUGGAAUCAUGAAUCAGAUUCUCAAUGUCAAUGUCAAAGAUUCUCGGUGGCUUCAACUAGAGGUAUGUCGAGAAUUUCAGCGUGGCCAGUGUUCGCGAUCUGAUGAGGAGUGUAAAUUUGCACAUCCACCGCCACACGUUGACGUUCAAAAUGGUCGAGUUACUGCCUGCUAUGAUUCUAUUAAGGGGCGAUGUACGAGAGAAAACCCAAAAUGUAAAUAUCUUCAUCCACCACAGCACCUUAAGGAUCAGCUGUUAAUAAAUGGACGGAAUAAUUUAGCACUGAAAAAUUUAAUUUGUACGCAACUUAAUCAGACCGGUGCUGCCACAAACAUUCCGCCUAUCAAUCCACUAGCACAACUGGUUGUUGGUGGACAACCAAGUCCGGCAAUCAGUGCCGACUCCCUACUCCUUGUCCAACAGCAACAGCAAGCUGCAGCAGCUCAAGCAACGCUGAUUCCAGCUGCAGCACUUCCAUAUCAGUAUUAUCAGGGUCUUACAGCGAUGUAUCCAGCAAUGAUGCCGGUUGCUAGCACAGAAGCAUAUCAAACGGUAAGUCAGGUGGCAAUAAAAAAGUCUAGCAUAUAUAUACGUACAUAA